AUGUCUCUUGGUCGCAAAUCCUCCAUACUUGAAAUACCCAUGUCUAGAAAUCUCUUGGAAACACCUGUAACAUUACCGUCUGGUGAAGUGGUGAGAAGAUAUACGGUUUCUACAGGCACACAGGUCGGUACUCUAGGCACACAGGUCGGUACUCUUUUGAUACCAAUCAAGGUGUAUAUGACACAAGUUGAUGUGGAAAAUUUGGCUGUGGAAAUUCCCUUGACAGAGUGGAAGUCAACCGAUUUAAAUGUCAGUGCAAUACUUGCAUCGAUGGGUACGAAAAUGACGACUAUUCUCUCAGACAGUUCUGGAAUUCAGGUUGUUGAUAUGAAGGACCUGGAGGAAGUGGGAAUUCAGUGUGGUGAUGAAGUCUAUGUUGCUGGUGUUACAGCUUCUAAACCAAAAUAUAUUGGCGAUAGCUAUGAGACGAGAAGUAAUCUUUAUAUCGCUGCCGAAAAAGCUGGAAUGCGUACAACCGAACCAGAAGGUCAUAAUCCUUCUGAAUCAAAGUGGCGAUCUAAGAGAAAUUCACUCAACUUUGUCGUCCUCGGUUUCUCAACCUCGGUUACGAAUGGGAAGUGUAUUGGGAACUCCUAUUCGUUUCGAUGGGCCAUUAAUUUCCCAACAGCAAUGACUGCUAUAAUCAAUCAAUCUCCUACAAUCAUCUGUGAGUGUGGUCGUCAAUACACGGUCGGUGAACUAGAACGAAAACUAAUUUUAACAGAAUCUGAUGCAUCAGGAGCGUUAGGUCGCGUAAAUUCUCAAUUCUCAACAAAUAACCCCUUACAAAAUAUAACCACAACCUUCAAUACGUUCAGUUCUCAAGACUUGGCUGCUGCAUCCAGAAUUACCUCUGCCUACACUGGUGAGGGUGGAAGACAGUUCGCAUUCACAGAAAUCAGUAACCCAUCUGCUAUCUCUUCUCAAUAUUCACCAUCUGCAAGGGCCUUUGAGCAGUCUGGUAUUCGAUGCAAUUGUGGACUUCAUCUUGCAGCAGUGUGUGCAGGUAUUCCUCCGGUGAAAAUUUCUUGCAUUUCUUGUGCUAGGAAAAAUUUCGAGAUUGUUAGAGAACUGGGAAAAAAUCAAUAUUCACUUGUGAUUGUGGACGACAGUAUGGUGGUAUCAGCAUGCUUCCCAUCAAAGUUACAUGUCCCUCAUGUAGACCUUCGAGUUUACGAAUCAUGCCACAUCAUUUGCGAGGCUGCUAUCAAAUCAACUAUGGUCCCCAAGCGUCUGACUGCAAACAUUCAACCUGAUGAAAUGGGGCUGGUUGUCAGGAUCAACACUUCGCGAAGUUUCUUCACUCGGGGUUCAGAGAAAAGGUCAAGUGGAUCAUUUGAAUCUCUAAGAAGCCAUUCACUGGCCACCAGAUGUGCAAUUUGUCGUAAUGAAAUAACAUCGGAUGAUCUCUUCUCAUCGAUUCGUACAAGCACCUCAAGUCUGCUGGGAGGGAGAGGAGUAGCAGCAGUGAGAGGUAGUGGAAUCCACGAAAUCGCUGAUGCCUACGCACGAAUUUGCAAAGAAGCUGAUCAGUCUGAUGGAGUAAAAGCUAAUUUGUACUUAAUGUUGAGGGGUAAUAAAAUCAUCCAGGCUAUCAUCGAUGACUCUUUGAAGGAGAGGAAAAUUGAAGAAGUUGGUUAUUUUGCAGAAAGCAAGGAGAUUUUAGAGGUUGUAUCUGCAAAUGAGAAAGCUCUGAAGAAGGCGAGAAAUGGUGAUUAG